GUCACCCGUCACCCUUCACCCGCCUCAUACUAGUCCUCGUCCUCCUGGUCUCGCGACGUUCACGACCGUACGGAAGCCCGCGUCUGGUCCCCUCCUCCCUUCGGUUUCAGUUUUCGGGCACGUUGUCCGGAGAGGGGGCGGCUCCAAAAAAGGGGCACCUUUGCAAUGAGUGCACGCAGCCCACUUCGGUCGGCGUUUGCAGAGCGCGCACGGACGACCUGACGGCAGCUUCGGGCGAAGAGAGGAAUCGUGCGCGCAGCGGCUCGAUCGUCGCAAGUUGCUCGAGCGCAGCGGAACUGCGAGCGGAAUCCGGCCCGCGCUCGGACGGGACCGGAGCCGACUUGGAGUGAUGAUGAUGAUGAUGAUGACGAUGAUGAUGACGAUGAUGUCGAUCGUGCUCCCGGUGUGCUGCUGGCUGAUCCCCGGAGCGUCGCGGGCGGCGACUGUGAGCGGACAACACACGCUUUUCGGCCGUCGAGCGUUCGGGGCUGUGUCCAACUUCAGCGCUUUCCUUUUGGACCCGGCGUCGGGCGUCCUCUUCCUGGGGGCCAGGGACGCCAUCGUGGCGCUGGACACCAACGAGCCCAAUCAGCCCCCGCGCACGGUGACUUGGGAAGUGCCGCAGGACAGCCGCAAUACCUGCAUGACGAAAGGCAAGACGGAGGGCGACUGCCGGAACUACAUCCUGCUGUUGGAGUUCGACUCGGACGGCCGCCGCCUGUACGCGUGCGGCACGCACGCCUUUGACCCAAAGUGCGCCUUCCUGGAGACGUCCUCCCUCACCCUCCAAAAGGAUGGCGACGGGCAGGUCGCCGUGGAGAUGGGCAGGAAGAAGGUCCCCUUCGACCCCAGGAAGUCGUUCACGGCUGUUAUGACGGGCGACGCGCUGUACGCCGCCACCUCCAUCAACUUCCGCGGGACGGAGUUCGAUAUCGCCCGGGCGACGGGGCCGGAGCAGAAGCAGAUCCGGAGCGAGCAAAAAGUGCACUGGCUGGACGAACCCGAAUUUGUGAGCUCGGCCGUCGUGGAGCUGUCGGCCGACGACCACGUGACGGGGGAGGACGACAGGAUCUACUUCUUUUUCAACGAGGCGGCCACGGAGUACAGCUCCUACUCCAAAGUCCGAGUGCCCCGGGUGGCGCGGGUCUGCAAGUCUGACGUGGGCGGUCUCAGGACUCUGCAGCAACAUUGGACCACCUUCCUCAAGGCGGAACUGGUUUGCGAGGACAAAGUCCGACGUCAGCGCUACGACUCGCUGGUGGACGUGUUCACCUUGCGACACUCCCCCCGAGAAGCCGGCAGCACGCACUUCUACGGACUUUUCACCGCGGAGCGGGAACCCGAGCGGUCGGCGGUGUGCGUUUUCAGCGUGUCGGACGUCAUCCAAGCGAUGAACGGCCCGUUUAAGAAGCGCAACGACAAAACGGACACGCCGACGCCGGUGGGCUCGCCGAGGCCCGGCCAGUGCCUGAACAACGCGCUGAAGGCAGAAGGCUUCGACUCCUCGCUGAAAAUCCCCGACAACCUGCUGGCCUACGUGAGGAAUCACCCGCUGGUGCAGCAGAGCGUGGCGGCGGCGCCCCUGCUGGUCAGGAAAGGGGUCACGUACACCAGGCUGGCGGUCUCGCUCCUCGGCCGCAAAGAGGGCCGACGAGAAGCGGUGCUGCACCUCGGAACAGACGACGGGCAGCUCCACCAGGUGGCGGUGACGGGGGAGAAGGCCACUUUACUGCGGGAGAUUCCUUUGUUGGAGCCCAGCCAGCCGGUCAUCAAGAUUCUGCUGCACCAACGUUGGGCCCUGGUGGGCGGCCCCCUGUCGCUGGCCCGCGUCCGCUCUGAAGAAUGCGCGCUCUACCCAAGCUGUGAAUUGUGCGCUCGCUUCCGGGAACUGGGCUGCGAGUGGGACGCGAGCGAGGGACGCUGCCUUCGCUCCACCGCCGCGCCCGGCCACGGCGAUGGAAUGGAAGAAGCCUUGAGGAAAUGCGACACGCAGGAAGCUCCGGAACGCUGUUCUCCGUCCGUCACGGAGCUGCGCGUGUCCCUGGGUCUGCGCCUCCUCCUGCCGUGCGUCCAGCUGUCUCCGCGGCUCUGCAGCUGGCAGGCCCCGCCCGACAGCCUCAGCAAGCUGCGCCACCCCGACCUGGAGGUGACCGUCACCAAAGACGGCCUGGGAACGUACAUUUGUGCUUGUCAGGAAGGGCCGGUCCACGACCCCGCCUCCUGCCGUCGGGCGGCCUAUCAGCUGACGCUGGAGGACGCCGCGACCGCCGGAGCCGUGGCGGGAUGCGCCCGGCACGUCUUGGCCUUGUACGUGCUCUUCUUCUUCGCCGGUUUGCUCUUCGGGGCGACGCUCCUCCUCUUCGUCAAGCGUCGGCACGCCGGCGGGAGGCGGGAGGGGACCGGGCGCGACCCGCCGCGCUCCUCUGCCGCCUCGCGGCCGGGAUUCGGUCCGACGGAGAAACUCAACGGGAUCGCGGGCGACGGUGCGAGCGGCGCGAUCGCCAGAAACGGCGGCGGAAGCCCGACGUACGCCGACUGCAACGUUUUAUCUGUGGACGUUCCGGAUGAACGGACUGCCCGGAGGGAGGAAAGCGCCCGCGAAGGCGGGCAGAGGGGCGACAUGGACGAAGGGCUGGGGGAAGGGAUCACGGCGCUGGAGGACGACUUUGCCGGCUUUCCGCUGUUUAAAUCACCCGCUCCCUUGGCUCCGUGUGAAGAAAGCUCCAUUUGAGAAGUCGAGAGCCGCAAACUUGUCACUGCCUUCGCAAAGAGAUUUGGGGGGGGGGGGGGGUCGCGUCCUGACAUCGGGCUGGAGCGAACGUGUCAAUCGUGCAACGGAAAGCGAUCGAAGACGUUCGAAAGCCGUACCUCGUCCUGCUCCCGCCCACCGUGAAACCGGACCGGUCGCUUUUUGUUGGCUCCUUCUUUGGAUGGCUGGCGCCGGAUGUGAGAAUUGUUGUCUUUGUGUGGAUUCCUAAUGUCUUGUCUUUGUAAUCAAUCAAAUUUGCACAGCUGAAGACUAAUUUUAUCCGAUUUUUAUUCACUUUGGCCCCGUUAAUGAAGCACGUUCAACGCCAGGAGGAGGCGCUGCCGCAACACUUCAGCAGUAAAACUACUUCUUUGCAGAGGAUAUAGAAUGAGUACUGUAUCGAGUCAAAUAUUUGUAAUACCACCGCUACAUGGAUGCUAUUUGUUAGCCCGCUUGUGGCGUUUCCAUUCUGCGCCCGCAGACUUCAAGGCUAAGAUGAGUCUUU